CUAUCCUGCACAGAUCUAGACUUCAUGACUGCGCAUAACCCCGCGAGAUUAUGAGUUCCCGUUAGCCCCCGCGCCUACAGCCAUCCGAUGGAGGAGGAGGUGGCCAUGUUGUAGCGGGGAAUAACGAGCCCGAGGAGGACCAUUGCCCGAGACGUUUUGCAUUUACUCAGUACUGUUAACCACACAAUUCGGAGGGACCGUCCGUUCUCUUCCUUGUCAGAACUGCCGAGCUGUAGAAGACACCAUGAGCGGCGGGACGCCCUACCUCGGCAGCAAAAUCAGCCUCAUUUCGAAGGCCGAGAUCCGCUACGAAGGGAUCCUGUACACCAUCGACACCGAGAACUCAACCGUCGCAUUGGCUAAAGUUCGUUCCUUUGGCACAGAGGACCGCCCCACCGACAGACCCAUCCCUCCUCGAGAUGACACCUUCGAGUACAUCAUCUUCAGAGGCAGCGACAUCAAGGACUUGACUGUUUGUGAACCGCCAAAACCAACAUGCUCUCUUCCUCAGGACCCUGCUAUUGUCCAGUCGUCCAUGGGAUCCAGCUCCUCGUCUUCUGCUGCCGCUGCCCCGACCCCCUUCCAGUCUGCUGGUUCCUACGGACUCUUCAACCGGGCCCCAGUUCCUGCCUACAACCAGUUCAGCACCAGCCCCCUGGUUUCCCCUCAGUUUGGACCCGUUGGUGUAGGACGAUCAGUGCCCUCCUUUGUGAGCGACACAAGCACAGCCUCGACCAAGUCUCAGAGCAGUGCUAUUGGCUCUGCCGUCCCCUCUGACUCGCGGUCUCUGGGUACCCUUGUAACCGAAGGCCGCAGCAGCCCCAGCCUGGACCCUUUGAGGAAGAGCCCCACCCUGGAGCAGGUGAUCCAGACUGCUCCGUCGGCCCCAGCCACUGCCACCACAGCUCCAGCCCCUGGCCUGGGACGUAGGAGCCCCACCCACGGUCGCACGGCCCCCCCCGCCACUGGGCAGAGCAGCCAGAAGGUCCAGCACCAGGAUGGCCCGGAUGCAAGGAGGGGUGAGACUGUCAGGGGAGGCCGCAGCAGCCAGGGCUGGUCUGCACCCCGAACCAUCUCCGCCUCUCACAUCACUGCUGUAGAUAGGGCUCCCACUGCAGGGCUUACCCACUCUAUCUUUAGCCACUCAGCAGCUGUUGGUGCGGCAGCUAACCGUCGUGGGCGAGGGGGCGGGCACCGUGGCAGAGGGCGCUUCAACGUUCGCCGAGACGGACCCAUGAAGUUUGAGAAAGACUUUGACUUUGAGAGCGCCAACGCCCAGUUCAACAAGGACGAGAUUGACAGAGAGUUUCAGAGCAAGCUGAAGUUGAAAGAUGAGAAGACUGAGAAGUCGGAAAAAACGGUGAAUGGAGAAGAUAAGGGCGACUCUGGUGUGGAAACUCAGAACAGCGAGGGUAACGCCGAUGACGAGUGCGACCCGCUCGGUCCCAACUGCUACUAUGACAAGUCCAAGUCCUUCUUCGACAACAUCUCCUGUGAUGAUACCAGGAAAGCAAAUGAGAAGUCUGGAGGCUCAGGUUUCCCACGAGAGCGGAGGCAGACCUGGGCGGAGGAGAGGAGGAUGAAUGCUGAAACAUUCGGUAUCCCUCUGCGUCAGAGCCGAGGCCGUGGAGGUUACCGUGGACGUGGCGGUAUGGGCUUUCGUGGAGGUCGGGGCCGUCCAGCUAGCCGAGGGUCCUUCGGACCACCACAGGGAGGUGGCGGCUUCAGGGGAGGAUACAGAGGAAACCAGGCUGGUCGGGAGUUUGCCGACUUAUCAGCAUACAGGAAGGACAACAAAGUGGCUGCGUAGUCCCAAUGGGAGGAAGAUUCUACACAAAGAUAACAUGUUCUGAAGCUGCAGCUCUAAAACGGCUGCAGCUUCAGCUCUGGGAUACGCAUCUGUCACGCUUGGCUGAAAAACUUCUCGCUUUUCCUGAUGUGUCCGAACUAAUCUGGUACCGUAUCCAAGCAUCCAGUCCAGGACAGAGAUUUGUAUUUUGGUUUUUUUUGUUUAUUUUCUGGAAACAUUUCAGGUGGUUGUUCAGGGGGAAUUGGCUUCAUUACAGCAGUGGUUCUCAACUCUUCAGCUGCCGAGGCACAAAAAAGAACUAGAGGAAAAGUUCGCAUUAACAAGACUUCUGUUUAAAUAAUUCAAACCCUACAGAAGCCUCGGGCGGGGCUGGAGUACCAUCCAGGGCCCAGGUCCAGAUUCAGAGGUUCACUGUGUGGCUGUUAGUUUGUGGUGAUUUUACCGUUUAAUAAUUUAGUAAGACUGAAAGCACAUACCCGAAAUGUCAGGGACCAUAAGGGAAUAGUUGGACAUCUUGGGAAAGACGGUUGUUUGCCUUUUGGUGGAGAGUCAGAUGUUCACCUUGAUCCCACUCCUGUCUGCCAGCAGCUGGUUAGCUUAGCUUAGCAUAAAGACUGGAAACGAGGGGAAACAACUAGCUUAGCUUAGCAGGAACUAGCUGGCUCUGCCCAAAGGGAACAACAGCCACCUGCCUGCACCUCAAAAGAUCACUGAUUAACAUGCGAGAUCGCGUUUUGUUUAAUCUGUACAGAUGCUGAAAUGCAAAGAGCAGAGCUGCAGCAAUUAGUCGAUUCAUUGAUUAGUCAAUAAACAAAAUUAAUCUGCACAACUUCCAUAACGGAAUUAUGGUUUUAUAUUUCCUGGCUCCAGCUUCUCAAAUUGUGAGGAUAUGAGGGUUUUCUGUUCGGUAUGAAAUCAGGCUGAAGGUCAGGGGGGGGUUGGCCUGAAGACAUCACCAUGGACUCUGAGAAAUAAAAAAGGUAUUUUUCCCUGUUAAUUUAGAUUAAUCGAGGAAAUAAUCGUCAGAUUAUUCGAUAAUGAAAAUAACUGUCAGCCGCGGCCCCUAGUGAAAAUGAUGUUUUACGUUAACGGGGCAUUUUGUCGGCUUUGAGCGCCUGGCGGCCAACCAGCAGAGAAUCCGGACUGGUUUCUCUGACCAGUUACUGGUCACAGCAAAGAAAAAGUCCAGCACACCACCCCCUGGAUAACAUGUUAAUGUGAGCUUUAGAGGUGCCGGUCGGGGGACCGAUCGGAGAAACAGUUGAACUGUUCCUUUAAAACCUUUUCAUUAGUUCAGUUUAUAUUGGUGCGUUGUGAUCCGGCCCUGCCUCCUGGAAAUAAACAUACAUUUUCCAUGUUUUGUCAAAAUGUUAGUACACUUCAGGUUCAUCUGAGAAAAAGUUGAGAGCCACUGGGAUGUAAGAAGUGUCUGUGGAUGGUCCGAUUGAAAAGACUUCGUGGGUGGGUGUGUGUGUGUUAUGUGCCUGGAUAUUUAAAGGAAGCCUUCAGUCGUUCACGUCGGGGUUUUGACCGGUGUUGUACAGAGAUACACGCGACACUACAUGAUGCUCGUCUUUGUGAGUCGCCACUAAAUUUGGUGAGAAAACACAAGUUUUGAUAGUAGGCCAAGGUUGUCGAUGCAAUAACUGAAACGUGGCGGUUUGAGCAUCAGGAGGUGGAAAGCAAGCGGGCGGAGGUCGCGUUUGCUUUGCGCCUCCGGCUUCCUUUAACACUCUGGAGUCCCAGCCACAGGUUUUGUCUUUGAACCCAGCAUGGCGUCCUCCUCCUUAGGCCUCAGUGAACUAAGCUUUUUAUGAAGAGCAAAUAAAAACAGUUGUUCAUUAGCGUGUGUCGGCCUCUGUCUCCUCUG